UUCAUGGUUCACGUCUAGCUCGCGCCGUAGGAAAUUCUGUGUGUAGCUGGAUCGCCACGAUAGGAAAUACCGGAAAAGAACUUUGCGUGCCUUUAAUCUGUCAUCAAAGACCGAAUAAGGAAUUCAGAUGGCUAGCACGAGGAUUUCGUCAAAUUACCCACCUAACAUCGACCCGACCAGGGCACCCGAGGCGUACGGCAUUCGAAAAGUGCCGAAAUUAAAUCAGGCCUUGCGCGAUAAGGAUCUCAUUACGAGGCAGCGGGCUCUCAUGACGCUCUCUGACAAACUGCACGGCCCGGAACAUGUGUCGGAAGCCAUCCGCGUCGGCGUCGUCCCGAAGCUGCUGCGCCUACUGAAGGAUGCCGACGUCGUCGUUCGGGAGAAGUCGACCGAAUGCUCGUACGUCAUCGCCGGCCACGCCGUCGGCAGAGCGGCGCUGCUCAACAGCGUCGCGACGAAGCGCAUCGCCGAACUUUUCGACGACCCGGCCGACGUCGUGCGCCACUUCGCGUACAAGACGAUGGGCCGCAUCGCUGAGCAAGCCGUCGGCGCCGAGCAGAUCGUGCAGGCCGACCUGCUGCCGAGUCUUGUCGGCAAGCUGCAAUCGGAGCAGAGCUGCGCCUUCAAAGAACACAUUCUCGACACGCUGCACUCGUGUCUGAUGGUCGAGGCGACGUCGGCGCUCGUCUGCGGCGCCCUGGAGGUGCUGCGCGACUUUCUCGCGCACGAGAGCGUGCAGAUUCGCGCCAAGGCGGCGCUGGCGAUGAUGGACGUCUGCUUCGCGCUGGGCGGCAAGGAGCAAGCGUGUGAGAUCGGCUGCAUCGCGCCGCUCGUGGAGCUGCUCGCCGAAAGCAGUCGCGACGUGCUGGCGAACGCCACCGGAGCGCUCGCGGCGAUUUCGACGACGACGAGAGGGAAGUACGCGACGUACAAAGCCGGCGCGAUUCGCUGGCUCGUCGAGUUGACGAAACACAGGAGCAGCGAAGUGCGGGUGAAUUCUCUGAAGGCGCUGACGAUGCUCGCCGAGAUACCGGACGCGAGAACGGAACUGCUCGGCGACAUCGCCAAACUGAGAGAUUGCGUUAACGACAAGAACAGCGCGGUGGGAAAACACGCGAGCAUUGCCGUCGGUGUCGUUACCUGGACGCCGUAGUUUCCAAGGCAUUAAUAACGCUCAAGGGGU